UGCACAUUGAAAUUAUUAAAGUAAGUGCCCAUCUACCAGUGUAAAAGAGAGGUUAUCUGAAAAAUCAUUGCGAGUACGCAAAAAAAUGAGCAUUGGUGGCGUGGUCCUUACUAUCGGGGAUAUUCUUUGUGAAAAUCUUCCUCACUUUAAACCCUACGUGAGAUUUUGUAGCUGUCAGUUGAAUGCAGCUGCCAUUAUUCAGCAGAAGACAGAGUGUGUGCCAGAGUUUAAGAAUGUCACCAAACAUUGUGCUAUGGAUCCAAGAACUAAAGGAAUGCCAUUAAGUAGUUUCCUUCUGAAGCCUAUGCAGCGAAUUACUAAGUACCCACUCCUUAUAAAGAAGAUAAUUGAUCACACACCCAAGGAUCAUCCUGACAUAGUUCAUCUUGAGGAAGCUCUAAUGUCAGCAGAACGCUUGUGUAGUCAAGUAAAUGAAGGAGUCAGAGAAAAAGAAAACUCUGAUCGAUUGGAAUGGAUCCAAAAACAUGUCCAUUGUGAUGGUCUUCCUGAACAACUAAUAUUUAAUUCCAUUACUAAUGCACUUGGACCUAGAAAGCUUCUGCACUCUGGGAACUUGUUUAAGACAAAAAGUAACAAGGAAUUGAUGGGGUUUCUGUUCAAUGACUUUCUCCUGCUCUCUCAACCUAAUCGUGACCUUGGCAAAGUCAACAAUGUAUUCAUCUCAGAAAAAGCACUGAAUACUCAUUACAAAAUGUACAAGCAGCCAAUUUUCUUGAAUGAGAUUAUGAUAAUAGAGAAUUUUCAAGAUGAUACAAUGUUCCAAAUUUGCCACACUGAAAGGACAUUCUGCUUAAAAGCUGUGAACAGCAAUGAAAG